AUGCUGACCCGACGAGCACUGGGGGUGGCGGCACUGCUGAUCCAGCUGGUGGCGGCGUACCUCGAGUACUGUGCCGCCCACAACAUCAACCUCGGGCUGACGGUAUAUAAAGGAACGCUAUACGAGCUUCAGUGCAAGGAGUUCAUGACCCAGUACCUCCACUGCCACCAGCUCGUGCGCGUGGGUGGGGCCUACGAUAAUGGCGUCGAUAUCAUCGGUAGAUGGAAUCUCCGCCAGUAUAAGGCGAAACUACCAAAGUUACUGGUAAAGCCGCCCCUGACAUCAUUGCUACAUUAUGAAAAAGAGCUAGAUCAGGUGCUGGUGAUCGCUCAGUGCAAAAAUGUCGGGACCAAGAUUGGCGCUAAAGUGGUGAGAGAACUAGCUGGAAUUUAUGAGUAUAACCUUAAACGGGCUCCAAAAACCCUCAGGACUAACUAUAUGUUCUUGUUUAGUCCUCAUCCAUUGAGUGACCAGGGGAUGAAGCAGUGGAACACCACCGAUGUCCCCAUGGUCCAUGUCCAGCUCCGAGUGGGUAGCGAUGCCCUUGCCCACUGUACGGGGAUCCAUAUGAACCGGCUCGCAGUGAAACAGCUUACUGGACUUGGCCUUGAGGCUGAGUUUGCUGGAUUGCUAGAUACUCGUCACCCGCUUGCUCCACCAGCUACGAGUGAAGCCAGUGUCGAAGCAGCAAUGGCCAAACUCUCACUAAAAUGA